UUAUACAGUUUACUCAAAUAAAAACUAAUAACUCCGGCGAUACUUACUACAAGUUCUACAUCGUAUCAUAUAUAAAUAAAAAAAUGUUCUCUUACGAUUAUUUAAUUUUACUUAGUAAUAUUUUAAUUGUAGCAGUACCCGUACACUCUCAAAGCAAACCAAGCCUUGGAAUAUCAUCAUGUUAUUAUGUUGGUGAUGUCUAUGUAGAUUGUGGUUCACAGAAUGUCAGUAUUGCGGAAAUACCAAAGGAGUGCACGGCUAUAAUUGUUGAUGGAAUUGAUAUGACUGAAAAAAACAAAGUCAAAUCACCUGCGAAGAAAAGAAACAAUUUCCAGGAACUCAAUCAAAACUCUCCGUCACAAGCUGACUUAGACUUAAUAUUGAAAAGUUCUAAGAAUGUAUUUAUAUUUUACGGACACCAUACUGAAGAAGAAUGGGCUCAAGUACUUAACACUGAAAAUGAUCAUAAAGAAAAAAAUUAA